UACGCCUCCCUUCUCAUCUCUCAUCUCUCUCUCUCUCGCGGGCUGCCUAGUGACGACUCUCUUCUAGCUACAUUCAGGUUGCUGAAGGUUUAAGAAUCAUGGCUGAGAUUGUUGAUUUAACUGGAGAUGGAGGUGUUCUGAAAAAUAUUCUCCGGCGAGCAAAACCUGAUGCUAUUGGUCCAUCAGAGGAUCUUCCUCUUCUUGAUGUGCAUUAUGAAGGGAGUCUUGCCGAGACCGGUGAAGUAUUUGAUACGACACGCGAGGACAAUACGGUUUUCACAUUCGAGGUAGGCACGGGAUCAGUCAUCAAGGCCUGGGAUAUUGCACUCAGAACUAUGAAGGUUGGUGAGGUGGCACAAAUCACCUGCAAACCAGAAUAUGCAUAUGGUAGUGCUGGGUCUCCCCCAGAUAUUCCCCCUGAGGCAACUCUUGUAUUUGAGGUGGAACUGGCUGCUUGUAAACCUAGGAAAGGCGCAAGCUUGGGCAGCUUAUCGGAUGAAAGGACAAGACUUGAUUUCUGUCGAAACGGACCCGCCCUAACGGGUUUGCAUUCAAUAUAAAUGUGUCACAAAUGGUACAAUAUGUGCACCCAGGGAGCUAAAGAAACAGAGGGAAGCGGCAGCGGCGAACAAAGAGGAAGAGAAGAAGAAGAGAGAGGAAGCCAAGGCGGCUGCCGCCGCGCGUAUCCAAGCAAAGCUGGAGGCAAAGAAAGGUCACCAUCAAGGCAAAGGUAAAUCAAAGUAGGUAGCAGCCUAUGGUGUAAAAAGAACUCAUCACCAUUUAUUCCUAAGUUGGUUGUCACAAUGGACCAGAUAUUUGUGUUUUUUCUUAUGUUUAGGUCAUUUGUACUCCUUUGUUCCCGCAAAAAAUUUUUGUUCUUUUC